AUGACGCCGAGUGCUACAAGACAAUGCCUAACUGACCUCCUGAACGAGAGCGACCAUCUGGCAAAUUUGCAUGCGAUGGCGAGGGAUAGACUGUGUGAUGAGAUCGUAAAAACCCUGGCCCUAUUCCGCAAGGAAAACCAUCACCCAUCAGCCUUCAGGGCCCCGAAGGAAAUCAGGGAAAUCGAGGAUGCUUUUGAGAAGGCCCAAAGACAGUGGAAGAAGCUACACGAGAAAAAUGAGUCGGCCAAGAAGUCGUAUUAUAACGCUUGUCGAGCCGAACGCAGCGCAGCUGUCCUCCUCGCCAACGCGCAGCAAGAUACCUCCGUUUCCGUAGAUGGCACUCAGAAAAUUCGGGAUCGCUGUGACAAGGCCCACGAUGAGGUGCAAAGAACAAAGCAAAAUUACGAGAAAUAUUUGGCCGAGAUCGAGACAUACAAGACGCCCUACAUGGAGAACAUGACGUUCGUCUUUGCCAAAUGCCAGCAGAUGGAGCUGAAACGGCUAAAGUUCUUCCAGGAGAUGAUCCAGGGAACGGAGCACGUCUUGUUGGACUUGAUUCGGAAUAACAAAUUCAACCAAUUACACGAUCAAAUCAACCUGCAUCUCCGGGCCACCGACGACGCCGUCCUGAAUCAAGAUCUGAAGACCUGGAGCCAGGUGUAUGGAGUGGACGCGCAAAUGCACUGGCCGGGCUUUGAGGAGUACCGUCCCGAAAUGCGCGAAAUCUCGGCCCGAAAGAGCUCGACAAAGGACAACUCUGGGGGCGUGGUGCUGACACGACAAAUUAUCAAGGAUGAAGACCCACUCCCGCAGCGUACAACGGUGGAAAAAUUCCGGCAAAUGGACAAGAUCGAAACCGGAAGUCACAGAAGCCUGCCGGGGAGCAGCCAGAAUAGUGAUAGUGGAAAACAAGGGAGCAGCAGCGACUCUGACACAAACACAUUUGACUCCCAGAAGAGCGGCCAGAAGAAUAGAAUUAAUAAGUUCCAAAAAGCAACAAACAACAACUACCCUCAAGAAAACCGAUGGGACUCCCUAAAAUCCGCCCAGCACCACCAGCCGUUAAAUCAGUCAAAUUCCCUGGUUUCGUCCGGUGCGUCCACCCUUCCUCCACAGUCACAGACGCCCGACUCGGAGAAGUUCAGCGAGUUUGAUGAUUAUCAGAAGCAACUCGGCACGGUACUCUACGACUACUCGCCAAUCGAAAAUGACGAGAUUGGACUGAAAAAAGGCGAAACCAUCGAAGUCCUCUCGGAGCCCGACUCACUUGGCUGGUGCACUGGCAGGAAAAACGGGCUUACCGGCCUGUUUCCGGCCAGUUACGUGCAAGUU